CCCUUAUAAUUAUUGUUCUAUGCUUAUAAACUUGUAGUCUAUGGGUAAUCGUUUUGUUUUGAUUUUGAGAUUUGAAUUUUCUGUUUUAAUUAAAAGUUGAUAUGACAGUAAAUAAGAAGGUAUUUUUGUUUUUACGUGAGGCUGGCUGCUGUUUGCACUGUUCUCUACGUUUCAUGCGCGAGAGAAAUCCUGAUUCGUACUUGAACAUCAAGGAUUUUAUCAAAGAGAGAGGGCUGGAGGACGGGGGUGGCACGGACUCGCCGGGUCACAAGGUGCAGAAGUGCAACCCGUGCGUGGUGUGCGCGGGGCUGCUGCAGCACUGCGUGGAUGACCACACCGUGCAGGAGAUCGCGGCGCAGGUAGGCGGCUACGACGCAGACAGGUUCGCGCUGGCGGUGUCCCUGCCGGUGUCCCUGGGGGUGCGCGCGCACGCCCUGUGGCUGCACGCGGGGGAGCGCUGCACCGCGGAGGCGGGCGUGCGCGACGAGGGCGACGUCACGGCCUUGAAGGACGUGUGGAAGUGGCUCGUGGCCCCCCGGCUGGCGCGGCUCCUGGGCAAGGAGCCGGACGGCGGCGCCUCUUGCGGCUUCACCGUCAGCGUUCCCGUCGCCUACGAGGACGAGGAGGAGGAGUGCAGGCCCUUGCACCAGCUCUACCGCCAGAACGGCUGGCGCUCCAAGCUGAGGAGCGGCGGGCCCACCAGGAAGGGCACGGAGCUGAUCCUCAAGGACACGGACGACGCGGUGUUCAGGAAGCGGUUCCCGGUGCCCCCCGGCGUGCCCGCGCGCGCGGUCUCGAUCCGGGCGGAGGGCGUGGCGUGCCAGCACGGCUCCGUGUAUCUGGCCGGGCGCUACCUCAAGUUCUCCCGGACGCUGAGCCAGACCCCGUGGCUGAUCGACGGCGAGCGCAAGAUGAAGGAGUCGGUGGAGGAGCUGAUCGCGCCCCGCGUGCAGCGCGCCGUGGCCGCUGCCAGCUACAAGUUCUCGUCGUCGGGCAGAGAGGACGUGGACGUGAGGACCCUGGGCCGGGGACGGCCGUUCGUGCUGGACCUGCUGGACGCUCGCCGGACGAAGCUUUCGCCGCGGGAUGUGAGGCGGCUCGAGCAGGAGAUCAACCAGAGCACUCAGGACGUGGCCGUACGCGACCUGCAGAUCGUGCCCAAGGAGCAGCUGGCGGAACUGAAGCAGGGCGAGGAGGAGAAGACGAAGCGGUACGUGGCCCUGUGCGUGUCGCGCGACCCGGUGACGCGGCGAGCGCUGGACCGGCUGGGCUUCGUCACGGACCUGCAGGUGAUGCAGAAGAUGCCCGUGCGAGUGCUGCACCGGCGGCCCGCGUCGUGCCGGCCGCGCGUCGUGCACUCCAUGAGGGCCUGGCUCGUGCCCGACGACCCGGCGCGCGACCCUGACGACGCGCGGGCCGGACUCUUCAAGCUGGAGGUGGUGACGCAGGCAGGGACCUACGUCAAGGAGCUCGUGCACGGGGACUUCGGCCGCACCACGCCGAGUCUCGGAGCCCUGCUGGGGGACAUCAGCGUCGACAUACUGGCCCUGGAUGUCAUGGCUGUUUCACUUGAUUGGCCUCCAGCUGUGAACUAUGACAUGUGACCACAUUGGUUUUGAUAAUGAAGACAUUUCACCCGACUGUGCUAAGGAAAAUGUUCCUGCAGUAAAGCAGACAUUGACUGCAAGUGACCUUUCAGUACUUUUCUGGUACUAGUUCUACUGCUAUUAAAGAUUUUUUUCUUUUCACAACA